AUGCAGAGGGCUCUUCGAGCUAAAAAUAAGUUGGGUUUUAUCAAUGGUGAGAUUUCCAAACCUACCAGUACAAAUGACCCUUUACUUGAAGCUUGGGAACGCUGCAAUGACCUUGUGACCUCUUGGUUACAAAACUCCAUUUCUCCUUCCAUCAAGUCUAGCAUUGCCCUUGUGAAUAAAGCCUCCGUGGUCUGGACUGAACUGCAGGAACGUUUUACUCAACAAAAUGGUGCACGUAUCUUUCAACUUAAAAGAGCACUUGCAGGAUUGAAACAAGAACAAGAUCCAGUAAGUGUUUAUUAUGGAAAACUGAAAACUCUUUGGGAUGAACUCAAUGUGUUUGAUCCAUUGCCUGAUUGUAGUUGUGGUAAUUUGAAGAUCCUUUCGGACAGAUAUCAUAGGGACUGUGCAAUACAAUUUUUGAUGGGCCUCAAUGAUUCAUACACCAAUUCAAGAGACCAAAUCAUGUUGCUCGACCCCUUACCUUCUGUUGGUAAGGUUCUUUCCCUGAUUCAACAGCAGGAGAGGCAACAUCUCAUGCUGAGUAGUUGUCCCUCUCCUGAUUCAAUGGCUCUAGCAACAAAGAAAUUCCAUCCCAACUUCAAACCUAAUGCCAAGUCUGGCCAACUCCUUAAAAACCGCCCCUAUUGUACCCAUUGUCAUCAAACAGGCCAUUCUCUAGAAACCUAUUUUAAGGCAGGAAAUGCUGAGCCACCAACUUGUACACACUGCCAUAUGAGUGGUCAUGUAGCAGAAAAAUGCUACAAACUUCAUGGGUACCCCCCUGGGCACAAGCUUUUCAGCAAAGGUAAAUCAUCUACCUCUUUUGCUAACUCUGCUUCUACUGACCAAGAUGAGGACUCGAGUUCCAGAAUUGGUUUGACUAGGGAGCAGUAUCAACAAUUGCUCCAUCUGCUGCAGCCAAAAGAGACUCCAAUGAUGCUUUUAUCCUCUACCAACUCAACCAAGACAGCUUCUCAUUCUUUUGCCAAUGCAGCAAAAACAUCAACGAUAUCUGGUAUUUCCACACAGUAUUCCAUUUCUCUUCAAAACUCCUUAAUGUCUGCAGAAACUCCUUGGAUAAUUGACACAGGUGCUGUAGCACUUCCCUUCUAA